AUAAAAACAUGCUGCAUUCCUCAGUUUUCACUGCAUUUGACUCUGUAACAUCUAUUUGCAUACAACAAGAUCAUGAAAACAAAAAGAAUGGCUUGUUUUGAGAGGGUGUCACCAGCAGUGAAGCAGAUUCUACUCCAACUCUACCGUGCUGAUAAGCCUUUGGCAGUCGAACACACCUUGCAUGAAUUUGGAUCUUUGCAGUACCACAUUCAGUCACAUGCUUCGGAAGCUCAUAAUGCAUAUGUAUCUAUCUCGACCCCUCUUCUGUCCACGGGAUCCUCAAUCUUACAUGGAUUACCUCAGCACGUUAUGGAAACCGUCAAGAAAGUUGGCCCUGGAGUAAUUGAGAUUGUUGAACCACCAAGAUCAGGAUAUCAGUUGACUCUUAAGCUUGAUUUCAAUAAAAUUCCACGCAAGAAAGAUGCAGUAAAGAUAAUUGAAGAGAUUUCAUCUGUUCAAGCUGUAAUACUGAGCUCUCAACUAAGAGAAAUCUUGAGGGACGUUAAUGCUCAGGAGAUAUCUCAGGGAACAUAUAAACCAAUCAAACUUGUCUAUCAUCCUAACGAGCCUUUCUACGUUGUUAAACAGCCUCAAAAGUUGACUGCAGUUUUCCCAAUUCGCUUUAAAGAGGACUCGGAUGUAGUUAUUGCAAAGGCCUUUUUUCAGGAGCUUGUGGAUGUUGGAAGUUCUGGGGUGUGUCCUAAGGCACCUCCUUGCUACUGGUCGCCUAUUCCACCUCCCGAGUUAAGAGGAGAAUCUAUGAAAGAUUUGAGCACCAAUGGAGGAUUUGUAUCAUUUGAAAUAUCCGCACGACAUGUUGAAGGUAAGAAACUAGACAAGACCGUAUGGAACCUACUCAACUUCAAUGCAUUAGUGAAAUAUCAUGUAAAGAGCACUAAAAGCUUUGUGCAACAAAGGAUGAGAAGCCGGCUGGAGAACUUAGUUGAGGCCCUGCAGCACACAAUCACAGAAGAAGAUCACCAUAUCAACAAAGUUAAAGGCCAUGGAGGCGUGAAGAAACUAAUCAAGUUUACAAGAAGUACAGUCCUUUUGAAAAGAUGGAACUUGACAAAAAAGAUGAAAAGAAUUCGCUCUAAAAUAAGAAUCCGCGGAUUCAAAAAGUUUCAAAGACGUUGGUUUAAACUUCCUUGUUUCUCUUCUGCAAUGGGCUAUCAGAAGCUAGAAAAGUUCUAAAUAGACUAACUAAUCAAUUCGCAGACAUCUUUAAAAAAAUGUUAAACACAACAUUUACACAAAGUAAAUCACUUAGUUAUGGUUCAUAAUAAUACAAUAUAUCUUGUUCCAUAAAUUGAUAAUAUUUACUACGACUAAUUAAGAAGUG